GUGGGCCUGAACUCAGUAGAGAAACUUGUUGAGCCCACAUGUCAGUGAGAAGCAGUCAAGUUCUAGAUGUAGACAUCCUUCGUAUAUGCAAGCACAUGCUCCGCUCCCAUUUCUUAUCUGCUGACUGCUUCUCCCCUCCGUCCUCGUCUCCUCCCCUCCCCCGAUCCAAAUCCCGAAAAUUUUCCCCUUCUCUCCCCGAAGUUCGCCCUUAGCUGUAUCCUCUACGCUUGUACUGUAACUUGGAGCUCAGACCCACCGCUGCGGCCUGUAGCCAUGGCCGACGAGGAGGCCCCCAAGUCCGACGCCCUCCCGACCUACCCAGAUAUGAUUCUGGAGGCGAUUGACGCGCUGGACGACAAGAACGGCGCCAACAAGACGGCGAUCUCGAGCUUCAUCGAGGAGAAGUACAAGGAACUCCCCUCAGCGCACGCCUCCCUCCUCACCGCGAACCUCGCCAGCAUGAAGGAGAGCGGCAAGCUCCUCUUCGACAAGAACAACUACGUCCGCCCCACCUCCGACGCUCCAGCACCGCCCAAGCGGGGCCGCGGCCGCCCGCCCAAGCCCAAGGACCCAAACGCGCCGCCUCCCCCCGCUCCCCCGGCCCGGGACCCAAACGCGCCCAAGCGGGGCCGCGGCCGCCCACCAAAGCCCAAGGACCCUAACGCGCCCCCUCCCCCACCCCGGGCACCGAAGGCAAAGGCACCCAAGCGCGGCCGCGGCCGUCCGCCCAAGACCGACAAGGCCACCAGCUCGCCGCCCGCCCCGCGCGGCCGCCCGGCGAAGAAGGCCAAGGUCGCCAAGGAAUUACCUGCUCCAUCUGGGGCCGCGCCUGCAAAGCGUGGUCGUGGGCGCCCGCCCAAGGUAAGGGCUUGAGGGGGCCUGCCGUGGUGGCUUUAUUGCCUCCCGUUCUUGAAAUCUUCCUGUGAUUGCGGGGGUUGUAAGCUCGUAGGUGUAACCUUGUUCGAUUUAUGCUUCGUCCUAAUUGUUUCCCCGGCUUAGUUGCACAGUAUGUGUUGUAAACUAAUCCAGAUCAGUGUGCACAAUCGUUGGAUGUUUUAGCUGUGUGUUGUAGUUGGCUGUGCUACUGAGAGUGACCAAGUUAAUUUUUAUUGCCCUCUUGUUGAUUCUGCAUUAUGAUGAAGACGUUUGCGUGUUGUUGUGUUUGUCA